AAUAAAUUCUACGAGUCAUCAUUUUGGGGACUGUAGAAGAGAAGGAACUAACAAUACCAGAAAGCGGCUGGGAGAUAACAAGCGAGGGUUAGAAAACCAACAUGAAACUGUGCUUCAUCUUCCCGCUCCUCCUUCUGCUUUUAUGCGCAACAGGUGAAAAUUUAUAACUUUUAUCUUACGGACGCCUCACCAUUACGCAAAUUUCACUUAUACACGGCCAUAUAGCCACAGCGUAUAAAGUAACACUUCCACAUUUGAAAUAUAGGGAAUCGUUCUUUGUCUAAAAAUGUUUAAAAGAUACAAGCUUUCGAACGUCUGAACUACGGUCUUCAACUGGCGAAAUAAUUUGAAAAUAAAAAAAUUCUUGAAUAUAGAUAACAAAAUAUAUAUUCUACUGAAAUGAGAGAAAAUUUAAUUGGAAUUGUUUGUUUUAUCACAGUAUAUCAGAAUUUUUAGUGUUAUUUUCCUAAAUUAUUUCUCCCAUUAAAGAGCGUAGUGGAGGCAGCGAAACGCUUGUACUUUUUAAAUUUUUAAGCCAGAGAACGUUGUUUAAUAUUUUAGGCCAUCUUUUCUUUACUUUGCAUACUGACUUCAUUUUGCUAAAAGAAAUAUCCCGAUUAAAUAAUCACCAACUUUUGCCGAAAGCCGAAUUUGAACGGAGCAAAGGAUAACAUUAAUUAAAAGAGUAUAUCAUUUCAAAUAGAACGGACCAAGCAUAUGUCUAGCUAUACACGGCUUAACGGUGGUUCCACGAGCAAAAAAAGGCGUUCUCCCACAGUACGGAAAGCACCUCGUAACGCGUUCAUGCUAACGACCCCAACCAAGAGCUCUUGCCGCAACUUGGUAAGAUCCCGAAACUUUAAUUACAACAGGCCGGUUAUUUCAACGAAUGAAGUCUCAGGCAACGUUUCUAGACAGUCAGUGGAAGCCAAAUGUGGCAUUCAUACGCCGGGUUCGACAGUUAAUUACAUACCACGGCGGGUCACUAUUAAAACCGAAAUGUUUAUGUUAUACGGUAUAGGUUUUUAAACAUUGGUGAAACAGUGUUCUAGUUACUGACCAUAUCCAUAUUUAAGCCUUGGUUCAAUGGUUCAUUAAUUUCAAACUUUUUAGAUAGAAAAGAAUAAAAUAAUAACAGCACGGGUUAUAAAAUGUGUGUAGUGGUCAAUAGUUGGUCAAUAGUUGGUCUAUAGUUGACCACAAACCACUUUCGAAUGAAACGAAGAAAUGACACUAUAAGCUUUAUUACAGAAUGUUUGGUCACAAAGAGAAAUGUACAGCCCUUCAGCAAGGAAAAAUGUACAGCCAUAACAUGCCAUAAACUAAGGCUCGUGUUGUAAAUCUACAAAGACAAGGGAGAAAGGUUACUACUUAAGAAGUUACUACCCUGGGUUUUUAAUGAUAUUUGCCCCGGUGUGAUUUGACUGAACAAAUCAGGGUUAAUUAAAAAAAAAUCUUAUGACACGGUUAAAAUUGCGAUUUUCUUUAACCAGAAACCUUUUAGAAUUCAUGAAUAAAUUUCAGGCUGGGGGUUGAAAAAACUUCUGGACUCUUGACUCCAAAGGGUGUUUGAAUGAAUAUGUAGCAUGUAAAUUUUUAAAACAUCACUUCUAAAUUUUACGCGUUAUUAUGUUAAUUUUUAUUUUUCAGUUCAGUCGGGUAGUUAUACCAAGAGAGAUGUUUAUCGUAUCACGUUGAUGGCAACACUAAGACAAAUUAAAAGAAUACUUGGUAAGUAACCGAAUCAAUGAAAAAGCGAUUUCAAAGUUGUUUUUUAUAGAACAUCAUCCUGUUUUAACAAACAAUCAGCUCAGUUUUCACCAACAUUCCCUUUCUUAUGUACAGAUAUUUAUUUUGACUUUAUUCAGAAUUAAUUGUUGGAUUUCGGUCUUUUUUUCCUAUUUAUUUUUCCUUUGUUUUAAAAUCUAAUAUUACAUUUUCCCCAAACUGAGAAAACUUCACACCUCUUUUAGGCGUUCCUUGUCCACAGGGCUGGGUGCGAUUUAGAGCAUACUGCUAUUUUGUCAGUAGCUCUAUCAAGACUUGGCAAAAUGCCCAAGCGUACUGCAAAGGACUGGGAGGAAAUCUGGUGAAAAUCAACAGCCAGGAAGAAAACGAGUUUGUACUAAACCUGGUAAACAAGCUCGCCCCAUCGCUGAAGCAGAUUUGGAUCGGACUCGAGUGGGAUUCUCAACUAAAGGCCUUUGUGUGGUACGAUCAUUCAGUUCCUACCUUCACCAAAUGGUCCCCAAAUGAACCAAAUGGAAAUAGUCGAGAGCCUUGUAGCAACAUGUGGACUGGUCACGCAGGGUGGUCUCUUAGGGCAUCUGGCGACUGGAAUGAUCUCACUUGUUGGGUUCCUGGUUUACCCUGUGGUCUUGUCUGCAAGAGGCUGCCCUAG